GCCGAUGGCUAGCAUGGGAUUCCGCUAUUGUAACUCAAAUCAGCGAGGCUCAUCAGGCCAUGUUCCCUGCCAUCCUCACCAGCAAGCGCGGUGUGGAUAGAAACGUUGUGCGCCUUUUGAGGGACAGAACCGAAGGGAACACGAUGGUCAAAGUGUGGCGGCAGAUUCAAGAGAGUCACGUCGAGGAGCACCUUCAGCGUAUGGACCUGUACACCACGCUCCUCAUGACUCUCGUGGAACCCGGAGGGAUCGUCUCUGCAUUAGGGCACACUUUCCAGGCUCCAUCUCCUCAAAGGGAGCUUCCCUCUGCGCGGCUCUUGCGACAUGCCUUCCUGUUGGCAGAGGCUGGUAACGUUCAGGACUACAGGAGCCAGAUCCUCUCCACUUUUGGCACUGUACUGAAAAUGGACUCAACCAAGAAGGUGGUGAAGAAGCUGUCUGGGGAAGGUGCACGCUCUGCCAAGUGGUUCACCAGCAUCGGAAACGAGCAUUCCCAGGUAGUUUCCUUUGUUCUGACUUGCGAGGAGUCUGCUGAGAAGCUGAGUCCGAUGUGCCGAGGUGUCGUGGACAGGUUUCGGAUGGCCAAUCAACCCGUUCCUAAAAUCCUGUACGUGGAUCGUGGUUGUUGCCGUGCCCAGGGCCGUACAGCAGUGGAGGUUUUGUUCCAGCCUUGGGUGGAUGAUGGAAUGAUCGUGCGUCUGGACAUAUUUCACUGGAUCCACCGCUUUGAUGUAGCCAUCCGAACAGAGUCUCACUCCAAGUACGCUGCAUUUAAAUCUGCGCUAGCUGGGGCAGUGCUGGCCUAUAACCGCACGGACUUGGAGCUACUCAUCAAAGCUGUCUGAGCAAAAUAUCCAGCAACGAUGUCUACGGUCUCAGAUGAGGUCGUUGUCCGCCACCACAUCUCGAGGGAACAGCUGAAGCACCAUGUGCGGAGGGUGACUCUUGGGGCUCAGGAAACGUUCCGACUCGUCCAUUUGGCCAU